ACAACUCGCCCUACAGCCUCAUCAGCUACGAAAUCGACAACUCGAUUUACCACUGCAAUACCAGUUACUCGCCAGACAACAAUGAGACUCAAUACUCACCCAAUAACAACAACGAGACCAACUACUCGCCAAACUAUAACAUCAAUCAAUCAUCAAACAACCACAACGAGACCCACAACUCGCCAUACAACAACGAGAACAACAAAUAGGUCCACAAUUCGCCCAACAACCUCAUCAGCUACUCGUCAGACUACAACGAGACCAACUACUCGCCCCACAGCAAAAACAACCACUCGCCAACCAACACCAAGUCCAAAAAGUCGAUUACCAACAACCACACAACCAACUCAUCGUCCAACACCGAGAACAACCACUCGUCCCACAACAACGAGAGCACCUACUCGAUCUUCUACAACUCUUGUGAGAACAACAAGAUCAACUACUAAUCCAACUACAACAACAAAAAGAUCUACUAUGCUUUCUACAACAACGAGGCCCACAACUCGUUCGGCAACAACAACAUGGCGUCCACUUAGUUUCGCAUGGUAUUCAACAACACCAAGGACAACCACAAAUUAUUUAAUUACUACAACAACAGACCGGCCCAAAGUAAUAUCCUCCACUUCAUAUAAAACAGCAACAACUCGUAUAAUUGCGACAACUCGUCAAAGCACAACAGCUCGUCCAUUAAGAACAACAGCUAGUCAAAGUACAACAACUCGUCCGAUUACAACAACGCGUCAAAGUACAACAACUCUUCCAAAUACAACAACUCGUCCGAUUACAACAACUCGUCCAAAUACCACAACUCGUCCGAUUACAACAACUCGUCUAAGUACAACAACUCGUCAAACCACAACUCGUCCAAAUACAACAACUCGUCAAUUUAGAACAACUACUCGUCCAAAUACAACAGCUCGUCCGCCAAUCAAUAAGUUACCUCAGUCUUUAUCCACCACACCUCGCCCCUAUCUCUUCACCUCGACAACAACAACUCGUCGGCCUGUAACAACAACAAGAAGUGGAACAACUGCAGAUCCUUUCAAUCAUCCAUUCUUUGCCAAAUUCAAUGCAAAGUUUAAUGCAAAUCGAUUGCCGACAACAACAACCACCUCGAUAAUUCCGUUUAAGACAUCCAAUUUUAAUGCUAGUCCGUAUUAUGCCAAAUUUCAAGACAACAGUCUUAAAAAUGCAGCCAAAACAGUUUUUGCCUACGAUUUUGGUCAGAAUCGAACAGCAACAAAAACAAAAAACUCUUAACUCAUUAGAAAUUAAAUUUUUGGUGAAUUUGUAUAUAAUUGUCUGCAAUGCGGCUAGUUUAGUAUGAUGAAAGAAUACUCAUAAGCUAUUAAUGUUAAAAAAAAAACAUAACUUUAAGAUUCAGUUAAUAAAAAUAAAAAACUUAAGAACAUGCAAAUA